UACAUCAGAUCAAAUAUGGCGCUGGUGUGUUGUUGUCGCUGUCGCAAUUUGACCAAAAUUAAUUCGAAUUAAUCGCGUCGUGAACAAAAAGUCACAAAAUCGCAAUCGCAAGGCGAACAGAAGCAGUAUUAAUCUUUGCAAAACACCCGUGCAAAGUUCUUUUUAAAACUGCAUCGAAAAAAACGGAGUUGCAGUAUAAAACGAAGUAGCCGAAAAAAUUGUGUCUCUACUCCUUGAAAAGGAGUUUAGUUUUUCGCUCUCCGUUAAUGUGUGUGCGUGUGUGUGUUUGUUUGUGUAAGUGAUGUUCGAGUAAAGUGCUGCCGAAAACUAAACAAAUUGAAUUAAAAUUGCGGCUUCUUUCCUGUUGUAACAAAACAAAAAAAUUUAACUAAGAAACCCUGGAAAGACACGCAGCAAGCACUUUUAUCGGCGAUUAGUUUGUGCUGUCUUUGCCCGCCGCCACUCGAUUUGAGUGUGUGCGUGUGCGUGCUUGCAACAGCAGGAAAAAGGGAGUAGCUGCUAGGCAGCAGAUACUAACACCAACGCAUUUUCACUGUGGAAUUAACGAAAAUGAUGUGAUAUCAUAAAUAUAAUUAACGAGAAAAAGCGAGGAGACGAGCACCACCUGGUGGAAGCCAAGCGAAGCACAACUAACCCCGCUCCAUACAUCAAAAGUCCGCCCGGUUUCCUCUUAAGCAACAGUAACAAAAACAAACAAAAACAAAUAAAAACGAAAUGACUGAGCAAAGCAUUAUUGGCGCCCGCGCCUCUGUGAUGGUCUACGAUGACAACCAGAAAAAGUGGGUGCCAUCGGGCAGCUCGUCAGGAUUGAGCAAGGUGCAAAUCUAUCAUCACCAGCAGAAUAACACAUUUCGAGUGGUGGGACGCAAGCUGCAAGACCAUGAGGUGGUCAUCAACUGCUCUAUACUUAAGGGUCUCAAAUAUAAUCAGGCUACGGCCACGUUUCAUCAGUGGCGCGACUCCAAGUAUGUAUACGGUCUUAACUUUUCCAGCCAGAGCGACGCGGAGAACUUUGCUCGGGCCAUGAUGCACGCCCUGGAGGUGCUGAGUGGUCGCGUGGUCAACAAUCCUGCCGGCCAGCCUACAAAUGGCAAUGGAUACGAGGAGGAUAUGGGCUACCGUACGAUGACCAGCGAAGAUGCGGCAAUUUUGCGACAGAACAACGGUAUGGGCGGCCACAUAACACCGUCGGCCCAAACGCCAACAUCGCAGACAAAUCAGAACAACAUACCGCAGAGUCCGCCAACGCCGCAGGGACAUCAUCGCACCAGCAGGAAUUCCCUUAGCGCACCGCCGGCGCCGCAGCCGCAGCAACAACAGCAAUUGGCAACACAGCCAGGCUCGCACUACGGACCCACUUCAAACGGGCCAACGUCCAAUGGCCUGCCGCAGCAGGGUAAUCCACAGAUGCAAAUUCCUCCUGCACCCGGUCAGACACAGCAGCAGCAACAGCAGCAGCAGCAACAGCAGCAACAGUACCAACAGCAACAGCAGCCCGUCUAUAAUACGCAGCAGCAGCAGCCACAGAUGGUGCAAGCCGGCUAUGCGCCCCCACAGCAGUACCAGCAGCCCCAUUAUGUGCUCUCAAACUCUAAUCCCAAUCUCAAUCUACAUCAAUACCCGACACAGCCACAGCCACCGAUGCCGCCGGUGCAUCAGAAUGGGGUCGGACCCAUAUAUGGGUCCACGCAGCCAGCCCAUAUACCGAGUUCGGCCAGCUCGAAUAGUGUCGUUUACACCAGUCAGCAGCAGUUGAUACCUCAGCCACCGCUGGCGCCGGGUAUGCCCGCUCCUGGGUAUGUCCAGCACAAUGGCCAGCAGCAGCAGCAGACGGAGAAUCCUUAUGGGCAAGUUCCGCUGGCACCACCUAUGAUGCAGCAACAGGGCGGUGGUGUGCCAAUGCCGCCGCCGCUCAAUCGCAUGAGCAGCACAGGCGGGGGUCCAGGGCAGGUGGCUGCGCCGGCGCCACCACCACCGCCACCUACAUUCGGUGGUGCACCGCCGGCCCCGCCACAGAUGUUUAAUGGAGCUCCAGCGCCACCACAGCCACCGGCACCGCCUGCGCCACCGGCUCAGGGGGGCGCAUCAGGUGGAUCAGGCGGUCCUGGAGCACCACCGCCGCCACCACCGCCUCCUGUGGGUGCCGGUGCCGCAGGUAAGAAGGAUGAUCCGCAAGCCGAUCUUAUGGGCUCGUUGGCCUCGCAGCUGCAGCAGUUCAAACUAAAAAAGAACAAGUCCACGACAGCCGCUCCCGAAAAUAGCGGCAGCAGCACCUCCAGCGGCGGCAGCGGUAACUAUGGAACCAUUGGACGUAGCUCCAAUGGCAUGGCCUCCAUGAUGGACGAGAUGGCCAAGACGCUCGCUCGGCGUCGUGCGCAGGCCGAGAAAAAGGAGCCCGAUCCUGAGCCAGAAGUUAAACAAAGGCCGUGGGAAAAGUCAAAUACGUUGCCCCACAAAUUGAGCAGUGGCGGCGGCAGCAACACCACGUCAAGUGCACAAGGCGGAGCCAACGGCAGUGGCGGCAGCGGUAACAACACAACGAACAGCGGUGGCGAAUCGCCGCGUCCCAUGCGCAAGCGUUUCGGCAGCGCCAGCGAGGAGACCAUUCUCAAGCAGGUCAAUGGCGAUGGUCUGUCGCUGGCGCUGUCCAACAGCGACCUGGACACCCUGAAAGCUGAGAUAGUGCGUGAGAUGCGGCUGGAGAUACAAAAAGUGAAAAACGAAAUCAUAGACGCUAUCAAAUCGGAGUUCAAUCGUAGAUAGAUCAAAAUAAAUAAUUAGCCUCAAAGCAACCUCUAUCACUGUCUACUGUUUACUGCCUACACCAAGUAUAACAAGAAUAAGAACAAGAAACACCAACACAUUACACAAACACUGUCCUAAAAGUGAGCCCGGCUAUGGGCGGGCGUAGUCGUGUCUUCAGCAACCAGCGCACGUGUCACGAACUGAGUUAUAUUGCAUGUAAACAGAAACCGCGUCAAAUAUUUAAAUGUGUAAUUUUAAA